AUGCCCGGGACUAAGCAGUGUGUCUCUUCCAAUGUGCCUUGGUAUGAACGUGCACACGAUACAAAAACUUUGGCCUCAACAAGACGAUACGUGGAUUAUAUAGAUCCUGAAACCCCGCGGGAUACUCUGGAUUUUCGACUCAAUUCAGUGUACGAUCAACAUGGAGAUUACAAUAAAAAUCUGCGAGAGUCAGUACUCCAAAAAGAAUCACUCCGUCUCCUGACUGAGUGUCAAAUGAAAACAUUAAAAGACGCCAAGGCAGAACGGCUUCCACCCUAUACAUGUCUCAAAGGACAUGGCCGGAUUCAUCUGAAUCGGAUCCGUGGGAUUGAAUCUGGUACUGACGGAAAAGGUCGCCCCGCUAUACGUUAUUGGGAAAACCCAACCAAGCAUUCUAUUCACAAGGCAGACAAUUCUAUAUCUGGUGAACAUUCUCAAGAAACCAAUGCUGGCUAUUCACGUAAACCAAAUGGAAACCAUUUCCCAGCUUAGGCCAGAAAAGAGCAGAUUGCAAACAGCAUUUGACGGAGUUUCAGUUCAAUCACCUCCAUUGUCCUGUGAUAUGGUGCACGCAAUCCAAAAACGUCGGUUGUGUGGUUAUUUGGAAAAAAACGUUUUGGUUCGUGAAGAUCAGCGAAACCAUGAAUAAAUCGCUUGGCAGAAAACGUUGUGCUCACUAUAUCUGACAUCUUACGUGAAC